AUGGGAAUGGAGGCAAAGGCAACUGCACUCGUGGGUCUCAUUGUCGAGGAGUUGCUCUACGGGUUCUCUAUCUUGCUGUUCUCCGCCACGACAUGGAUCCUUGUCACGGACAAGGCUCCAAAUCAUGCCAACAAUCUCAUGAUAGUAAUUGCUGGCGUUCUAUUCAUCCUUAGCACAGCUCAUAUGUCCGUCGUAGUUCCUUGGUUAUAUGAGGGGUUUAUAACCUCGCCAGUUGAUCCCAACACCUUCUUUGGGUCGUCCACCAGCCCAUACGUCACGGCAAAGGAUGUCAUUUACAUCUUAGAAACAUUACUGGCCGAGACAUUUCUGGUCUAUCGCUGCUAUGUUGUGUGGCAGAAGAAAUUGCUGGUUGUACCAUUCAUCAUCAUUGAUGGUGCUUCAUUGACCAUUGGAAUCUGGCUCAUUGUGAAUGUAGCACAAUCAGGUUUGGCGUUCCACAACAAAGUCACUCACGGCCUUUUCGUGGCUGUUUAUGUGUUGAUUCUCUUUACGAACUUGGUUUCCACAGGCCUUUUGAGCUACAAAGUGUGGACGGUCGAACGCUCCGCCCCUCCGUCUUGCCGAGGACUCUUAGGUCCAUCCCUGGAAGUCAUCUUGGAAUGUGGGGUAAUUUACUCACUUUGCUUGAUCAUUGUGGUCCUCACGGCAAAUCUAACGGCCAGUGGUCUUAAUAUAACCAUCAACAUGGUCGGCCAAAUGAUACCUAUCACAUUUUAUGCUGGUCUGCUUCGCGUGAGGAUGUCGAGAUGUGCGACAGAUGGCGGUGUUGCGAUGUCGACUUGGCGUCCUCAUGGCCCUCAACAGGACGCGCCGAUCGAGAUUCACAUAUCCAAUGCUUCCGAGGAGCGUCGCGAUACCUCUGAACAGACCAAAUGCAAAGAGAGCUCUGAUUCCUCCUCCGUAUGA